AUGUUACCUCCAGCACUCGACAUUUGUCUUAGGCAGCACUACCGGUGAGGACGAAGAGACAAACAAGGACCUGCAAAACCUUUAACCGGGUCCGGUUUUGACCGAGAUCCACCUCUAUGAAACACCUACCCCGACUCUUUCCCCCCUCAACGGAAGGAGACCUAGGUCUGUUCUCAAUCGAUCCAUCGUGAGCGAGUGAGGUGUCGGGAAUAGCAAUUAUCGCUGGCGGUUCCAGCUUCUUCUACGGUGGAACCUGUCCAUUUGCAGGUACAGUCCAUGGCAGUUGAAGAGGGAAGGGGCUUGCCUGGUCCUUCUUCCCAGCGAAAAGGAACGGAAGCAGGGGGCUGAGUGGUGGGGUCAACAUGCCUGUAGAUGCAGAGGGCUCAGGGGACAGGUCUGGAAUCCUUGAGAAAAAGGGAGAGCUUUGGUGGAGGUGUGGACCUCAUCUUCAACCUCGGUUCCUCCCUCGUCUCUGCUUGUACUUCCGAUUCAGAUUCCACGCUUUACUCUUACGGAUCUGGGUCAAAAACCAAUCCAGGGAGCCCGGGUGAAGCUCCAUUAUUCUCUCCACAUCCUCACCCGUCCACGUUGCCUGGGACAGGUGUCCAGUGCUGGAGGUAGCAGAGGAAUCGUAGAGUUUCAGGGGUGCAUUUGUAAUUUCCAGUACAAACCUUAAAUUCUUCUCAACACGGAGUCACAGACACAUCCGCGCGCUCUCCACUUCCUCUUCAUCCAUUGUCUUCUUAGGGCCUAAUCCCAUAGACGGACAAGACCAGACGGCAAUACUUUCCUUGCCGUUCUCUCCAUUCUUCAUUUCUUCCAGCGCGGCGGGCUGCAGGAGGAAUUCCUCUUGCUGUAGAGGAAACUCAACACCCGAGAGAUUACUUCCUCUUGCAGAGGAGGAAACUCAUAAAUUGGGAGUUUCUGAAAUGAUGAUUUGGUCAAUAAUCGAUCGUAUCAGAGGAUGGUUUUCUUUGAGCAUAACGUACAUGUGAAACCCGUUCAGAACAUGUUUGUGACAAUGUCUAGGAACUGAAAUUUGCUUCUUCGGCAAUCAUCAGGGUGACAAGUUGUGAUGAAUCAUGAGGCUUUACGAUACUUGGAAAGCCAUUCUGAGGAUACAGAAGUUCAGGAGAAUCGUGUCCUACACUGGAUUUUAUUGCUUUGCUUCCCUGUUGAGCUAUGCCUACACAAGCAAUACAACUAGAGCUGGGAUCUCAAGAGCUGACCAGUUUUAUGCAUCAUUUCCAGCUGGCACAGAGCUGCUAGCUGACACUGCAAAAUUAUAUAAAGCUGCACUUGGCAAUUGUUUCGAAAUUGAAGAGUGGGGUCCCAUUGAAUUCUGCAUCAUGGCUAAACACUUUGAUCGCCAAGGGAAACCUCCUUAUGCAUACCAUUCUAAAUACAUGGCACAUCUUCUUUCUCAUGGAGAGCUUGAUGGGAGUGGCUAACCAUUGAUCAAGCAUUCACCACAUCCAGUUAUAGGUAUGCAAAAUAUAGUUUGCAUAGAACUUUGAAGGCCAUACGAACGCUUUCUUGACAACAGAAGCUUUGCCACAAUGAUGAGUACUUUCAGUGAUACAUAAACUGCCACUGAAACUCCAGUUGUUUUGUAUCAGAUGAGGCCAUGGACAUCUUACUCGAAAAGAUUUGAUUUCUUUACAUGCUCAUCAAUUUUUUUUGUUUCAAAUUGUUGUGUUGUUCCAAGUGCUGCUUAAUUCUAGUAUCGCAAACUCAAAUUACGGCUUCAUUUCCAGUAUUAAGAAUCGGUGGAUCUGUUGUAUGUUCAAGUAAUGGGGGUUGAUAUUCAUUUCAUUUGGAGGUUGGUGUUUAACGAUGAUUGUGAACUAAAAUUGCAUAUCAUAAAUUAUAAUGAAUAAGUCAUAAUUCGUCAA